GAGAAUCAAACAGGUGCUAACCUGUGUUAGAUGUGUGUUGUUAUGAUGUGCUAGUUUUAAUAAUGGUACAUCCUACGAAUUUAUUUCGAUCGGAUUCUGAAAGGGAUCAAGGAUUUUCAGCUCCUGUGGGAAACUACUUUAAUGAUAUUGAUUGCGGUAUAACAGCUUUACCGUGCCUGACGCAAAGGUUGAGAUUGCAAAAACUCGCGAACCUUUCUGUUUUUAUUAUUGUGUUAUCACUUCUGGGAUUAGUGCAAGGUAUUAUUAGUACAUAUUUCAAAGGGACCUCGCAUUUGUGGUUCUCUCAUUAUAAUUUCCCAAGUUUUGUUGAAGAGUGGUUCGUAUUUUUUAACGAGAUAUUCGUAGGAAUAUUUGCCUUAUGUAUAUCAUAUUGGGGUAAUAGAAUUCACAGAGCAACAUGGAUAGGUGCUCUAACAAUGCUUAUAGCAGUAGCAGGGGGUAUUUUGGCCAUACCAGAAAUUUAUAAUCCUUUUACAAAAGUUGAAAUAACCAGCGCUAUCAAAGGUCCAGCUCUUUGCGAUACUGAAAAUGAAGAGGUUUUUACCAAAGAUCUUCUAGAUUCAGAGGGAUUUAAUGAAGUAACAUUCGGCUAUUUUUUCGUUUUCCAAAUUGUAUUCAGCAUGGUGACUGUAGCCUAUAUAUCUCUUGGAUUGUCUUACAUCGAUGACCACAUAUCUUCAAAACAUAGUCCAGCUUUGUUAGGUUUGUCGCUGGCUACUCUAGAAUUCGGAAAACAAGUCGGCAUAUAUUUCGCUUGGAUUCCUUAUGUACUAACAUUAUUUUCUAUUUUUUCAUCUCCAAUUUGGAUCAUUUUGAUAAUCAUAACAUUUUUGAUUGGCGUGGCGUUGGCGAUGUUUCCUAAAAUUCUUCCCAAUCUUGUAAUAAAAAAAUCAGUAAAUUCAUUGGUUAGCCUCGCAUCCGGAGGAAGAGUAUCCUUCGACAUGGAAGAAACUGAGCAUAGUUUUUUCAAAACACUGGGCUCUUUACUAAGGAAUAAAAUUCUAUUGUUGAAUAUACUGUCAUUCGUUUUCAUACAGUCUGCACUAACCAACUUCAGCUUGGUUUCAAAAUACUUCAAUCAGUCCAAGUAUCACGUACCUGUAGAAAUAAAAGACUCUACAGGCUAUUCAGAUCCAGAUAUAAUCCAAUUUACAACGAAUUUACUCAGGCAACCGUUAGUCGCAAUAUCCUUGGUGACUUGUGGAAUGAUCAUUUCGAAAUUGAGACCGAAAGCCAAGUAUCUCGUCAUUUGGAACAUAACAGCAUUUUUAUUGGUUAUGAUAAUAUUUGCAAGCAGCAUGUUUUGGAAUUGCACUAAAGGCAUAUAUAAUGAACAUAAGCACGCCAUUACGAUUCCGUUCUGCAGUAGUAAGUGUAAUUGCCCCCACGCGGAACCUUUCCAGCCGGUUUGCGUCGAUGGAAAAACGUUCUUUUCACCCUGUUUAGCAGGCUGUAAAAAUUAUUCAGUCGCUACACAAGUUUAUCACGAUUGCAGUUGUGGAGCGAUUGUUACAAAAGGAUCCUGCGAUCAGGAUAACUGCAAAUUCGUACUAGCCUUCGCGCAAGUCAAUAAUAUUAUAAUUAACGGACUCGUCGCCAGUACAAUAGUAGUAAAUUUCCUUAUUACUUUCAGAUCGGUUUCUGUUAAAUAUAAAGCGACUGCUAUAGGUUUGGAAUUGACGUUUUUAGGUAUUAUCCCAUUUAUACCAAUUAAACUGAUAUACCAUUUCGUAGCAAAUAUAUUCUGCGAAAUCCAGGUCCAAAAGGGUUGCCAGUACUUUUCCGAAAAUUUUCCGACUGUCAUAGCAAUAGUUACAAUAACCAUAAUGUUCGGCGGGGUAAUUAUAUCGUGCGUAUUGCUUUACUUCAUCAACGAUCUCAAUAUUUACUCGUCCGAAUUUUCCAAUCACGUCACCCCGGAACGACAUCAUAACAUCCACGUCGAGGUUUCCAACAACAGCGGCACUUCCGAAGAGCACCGAUCGAUGGAGGAAAAUUCCCCGUUCAUCAAACAGCUAGGCGAAAGGAUUAGAAAUCGACUGCAGCGGCCUCAUUCGAGACAAGACAGGAUUAAAUCGUACAUCGAUGAAGGCGAUUUGGUUCCGUCCUUGCAGACUGCCACGAUAUCACCAAGUCCUUCAGCUACCAUAAGUGCAUCCGAGAAUAAUAUCAACCAAGCAGAGUUAGGUGAACAAGCUGCUGCAGGUCCGGAUACGAGACCGAGUUCUCGAAACAACAAAAGGAAUUCUAAAGCAUCGGGAGAAUCUGAUAUGUCAUCGUUGUACAAAUUCGCGGAUAACAUCGUGGAUGUUUCGGAUGACAGCGAACCUGAUCCGACUAUAAAGAUUUCAGAAGGAAAAAUCGUUCUUCACGUCAGCCCGCAAAUUAACGUGACGAAAUCGAAGAGACCGAAACACGAGCAUUUGGUGCUCAUAGCGCCCAGUAGCAUUCAGCCCAGAAGACCUGCUCCGGUUCCAGAAUUUUUGAAAGUGACAAACAUUUAAUAAAAAGGCUUCGAUUAAUCUUAACGGUUUAUUUAAUAGUUUCUUGUAAUUGCAGCUCGAUUUGCUCUUCGAAUAUCUGCAGAUCCCUCACGAAGUACCACACUCCCACAUCGAAUAAAACGCCGAUGAAUACGAAUGUUGCUGCCGUGAAAUUCAUCGUAUAUCUUAGCAAUAUCCCGUUGUAUAACCAACAGUUUCCUGUUGAUGUGCAACCUUUGCUCCAAAACAAGCAGGCUUUAUCUAAAAUAAUAGAAAAAAUAAAUUGAUAAUUUAUGUCAAGUUACUUAACAGUAUAACUUACCUAAAAUUGUUCCGAACAAAAUCGGAGAGGGAACGAAAGCGCAAAGACUCAUCAACAUCAACCCGAAACCCAUCGCAACAGAUUUAUCUUUUUCUUCUACACACCUAAGCAAAAAUUGACAAUUAAUAUGAAUUCUUUUAUACGACUAACUGUAAAUAGUUAAGAAUUAUUAUGCGAUAUAUUAGUUUUAAGUCAGUGCAAUAUAAUUAUUUUUUAAAUAAAUUUGUAGUAAUACGUUAC